AAAAUGUACAUUAUAUUCUUUUUUUUUUUUUUUCCUGUAAAUCCAUUUAUUGUUUAGCUCUCUUACCUCUUCUUCCGUCGAUUACAAACCCCAAAUUUUCAUUCAAUCAAAAAUAAACUCUUUCUAGUUUUUUUCUUUCCCAGAAAAUGGAUAGAAAUCUAGCCGACAACCGUAAACCAUCGUACGUCAACAGUCGAUGCUUGAGUUCGCCGUUAUCUUGUCUCAUCCACACAGAGACAGAGUACGUUCGAAUCAGUAACCACGACAAGAAGAAGACGAGAUCAACUCCGAUGUUAAGGGAUUUGAUGAGAAGAUUGUUAUUGGUCAGAAGUUGCGGAUUCGAGAAGAACAACAAAUCGAAAACGUUAGUGACGUUUCACUACGAUGCUGUGAGUUAUUCUCAGAACUUCGACGAUGGUUUUAAUUUGCGCGAUGAUGAUCGUAGUGCUUUUCGAGAUCUUCGAAAACAGAGUCCGGAUCACUAAUAUAUCAUAUAUGCUCUGUUUUUUUGUCUCUCUCAGUUUUAUCAUCGAACAUAAGAUCCAAUUUUCGUAUGCAUCCGCGAGUUCUGUUUAUUAGAUAUAUGUAACUAAUGGUUUUGUUUAUUACAUUUGUACCAUGAACUUUGGUUUAUCAUCAUCAAGUAUAUAUAUAUAUAUAUAUACCUAAUAGUUUUGUU